AUGCAAUACUCCAUCAUCUUUCUCGCUGCUCUGGCAGCAGCCAACCCCAUGGCCAACAGCGGCAACAAACAACAAGGCUAUGGAUCGAAUGCCCCAUCAUAUGGCGACGAGCAGCAAUCUCCCCCUGGAUACAACGCAGGUCCAUCGACGACGACGUCGAGCUGGAGCAAGUCCUCGUUCGUUAAGCCCACUACUACGUCGACGUGGGUGCACACGUCCACUGUGACAUCUUCUACCCAUGUGACUCCGACGACCAAGGGAGCAAAGCCGAAGUCUUCUUCUUCUUCUUCUUCUUCUUCUUCUUCUUCUUCUUCUUCUUCUUCUUAUUCUUCUUCUUCUUCUACAGGACCAGCGAAAUACCACACUACCCUCGAGACUUCUAGCAAGAGUUCAAUUCAUCCAACUUCCAGCAAGGGGCCAAAGUCGCAGUCUUCUUCUUCGACUUCGACUUCGUCUACAGGACCGACAAAAUAUCACACCACCCUCUCGACUUCUAGCAAGAGUUCAGCUCAGCCAACUCCCACCAAGGGCAUGAGUGGAAGCACUGGAAGCACUAGCAGCUCGACUAAAAACAAUGGAAAAUCCGGCUCCAACAACGGAAGCAGUGGCAAAAGCAACAGCAACACCAACACCAACGGAUCCCAAGUCUGCCCCAGCACCGCAUUCCCUCAAUGUUGCCAACUCAACGUCCUCGGCCUUGCUGGAGUGUCAUGCAGCAAUGGUAAAACCUCUCUCUUUCUUUUUUUCCCAUCUUCUUCCUCCCACCGUUCUCUUCCCAUCAUCAUCACUACAAACCACCACCCGCCAUCUUCCUCCUCCUCGAUACUAAUUUGUGACAAAAAAAAUUUAUAG